GAGUUUUUUUCUGUACAAAUACUGUGUUCAUCUCAAAGAAUCCCUCGAAGAUUCUGAAUUUGGCUGAUAAAACGGAAUAUAAUUAGGAGGAGAGGAAGUGGGAAUGAGUGCUCAGGAAGUGUGUAUAAAAUUUCUCACGGGAAUUGAACGCAUUAUCAGUGAAAAGUGUGAAAAUCUUCACAAAUCGGUAUUCAAUGCUGCUCUUGAGAGUAUCAAAAACAGUCAAGCUUCAGAUUGCGAUGAGAACUUAUACAGGAUUUCCGCCCUGAGGACUUUCGCGUGGGAAAUGCUGCACAUUGGACACUGGAAAGAUGUUGACAUAAAGCAGAGGAUCGUAUAUUCAUUGGCGACUUUCCUGGAAGUUUGUCUGUUGCUGCAGAAGGGAAAUCUCAUUGAGUGCCUCAAGGAAUUGGAUGCUGGCAUUCUUCUAGGAGCGCCACUGAUGAGUGAAGAUGGUCAGGAUAUCUUGAGGAAGAGCGCCAGCUUGAUUUCCGAGGAAAUUUCUCGGCGAGAGGAAGUUGGCGUGAUUCUGAUGAGUCUGGAAAUCGAGAUGACACGCAAGCAUGAAGUCUCAGUGGGAAGUGAAGUGGAUGUCCUGGAUUUGCCGUCGAUGCAGGAGUUCAGAGAGAGAUUCUAUGCGACAGGAAAGACGGCAAUUCUGCAGAAUUGCAUCGAUCAUUGGCCAGCAAAGGAGAAAUGGACUGAUCUGGGAUACUUCAUCCGACACUUUGGCCACAGGACCGUGCCAAUUGAGAUCGGGAGCAAGUACACAGAGUCCAACUGGGGUCAGAAGCUCGUGCCUUUGAAGGACUUCAUAGAGAGGCAGUUCAUAGGCAAACACGAGGACACGGUGAUUGAGUAUCUGGCACAGCACGACCUUCUGGAUCAGAUACCUGAACUCAAGGAGGACAUCAGGAUCCCUGACUACUGCCACAUUGGUUCCCCGGAGACCGAAGUGGAGGUGAAGAUGUGGUUUGGUCCGUGCGGCACAGUUUCUCCGCUGCACUUCGACAAGAAACACAAUUUGCUGGCUCAAGUUGUGGGAAGAAAGAGAAUCCUGCUCGCCCAUCCUCAAGACUCCGACGCUGUUUAUCCUUACAGCGGUGAAAUGCUGUCCAAUACAUCUCAAGUUGAUCUCGAGAGUAUUGACGAAGCGCGUUUUCCGCGAACCAAGCAAAUCUCCUUCUGCGAAGUCUUCCUAAAGUCGGGUGAAGUUCUCUACAUUCCACCUGGUUGGUGGCAUCAUGUGAGAGCGAUAAGCAACAGUAUUUCGAUUUCCUUCUGGUGGGAGGACAAGAGCGCCAAGGAUUAGGGGGUUGUUUACAAGGAAUGGAGAUAAGUUCAAUAAAAAUAUUACAGAUCAAGUAACUCGUAAUCUCUUUUGAAUUGUACGUCUCAUAGCAAGUAAUACAGCGAGCUUUCUUUCCGCUUGCAAUGCUCUAUCUCAAGGGAGAGAUAUUAUGGUGGGAAGUGGUGUACAACUCUGCGGAAUAUGAUAUG